CGUCUGUAGGACAGCAUCAGGUGGAAAGUACCUGUCCUGUUGAAGUUUCUUCUGUGGAGAUUAGUGCGUUUGAACAUUGAAACGCUUAAUCUUGCUGAUUAUAAUCGAGUUGCAGCUGACCAUAUCAGAAGAAAAGAAGAAAAAUGAUACCACUCAUCGUGUAUUUUGUUGCUCUUGUGACGCUAUCCACCGCCCAAUUUCAACCACAACCCAGUGGUCGGAUUUUGGAAUCGCCUAAUCCAGCACUUUGCGCACAAAGGAUCAUCCAUCAACGAUUCAAUGGAAAAGGCUAUUAUUUUUCGUGGGCUGAUCCGAGAACGGCCGGACAAGAAGUAGACUGGCUAUCAGGUAGAAACUUUUGCCGACAACGUUGCAUGGAUCUAGUUUCGUUGGAGACCUCCGCCGAGAACGAAUUUAUCAAGAGCCGCAUCGUUCAAAACAAGGUGAAAUACAUCUGGACCUCCGGUCGCCUCUGUGACUUCAAAGGCUGCGAUAGGCCGGAUCUGCAGCCCCUUCAUAUUAACGGUUGGUUCUGGACCGCCGAGUUGCAGAAGUUAGCACCCACCAACGAUCGCGGCCAAAAUGAUUGGUCCGAGAGCGGCGGUAUCGGCAAACCACAGCCUGACAAUCGCGAGGCUAUUCAAGGCGGUGCUCCCGAGAAUUGCCUGGCUGUCCUCAACCAAUUCUAUAAUGAUGGAGUAAACUGGCAUGAUGUGGCAUGUCAUCACAAGAAACCAUGGGUUUGCGAGGACAACGAGUCUCUCCUGAGAUAUGUUCGUUUUACCAAUCCCAACAUUCGCAUAUAAAAGAAACUUUAUAGAACAAUAGUUUUACUUUUGUUCAAAUGGGUUUAAGCACCUAUAAUGUUACAACGUUCAAAUGUGUGUCUACGCCAGAGAAGCGACUGAGUAGCAUAUAGAACAUCUUAUUUAUUACUAUUAUAGGUCUGUUCUAUAUAGCUGAACUGGCUGCACUAGUUCAGACCUUAUCUUUCUCCUUCCAAUGGGGAGAGAAAAAGAUAAACUCUGAACUAGUGCAGUCAGUUCAGCUAUAAAGAACAGACCCUAUAUAUAAUGUUAUAACAUCUCAUACUCAUUAGACCCCACAUAGUAUGAAUUAUUUAAUUAAACUUGUAGGCAUUAUUUGAUUUCAGGAGAUAUUACUAUUUAUAUUCUUAGACAUAAUCCCCUAAAGAUAGAUAGGGAAAAUUAGAUAAAAUAAAAACUACAAUUUACACACACACAAUUCUUAGAUUAUUACAAAAAGAUAUAUGAAAUAAGUACAUUCCUAAAAUAAUAUAUAUACUAAUGUACAUUCCAGAUAGCAAUAAAUUCAUGAAUAAUAAAUGAUUCCAUAUUUUUUUAUUAUUAAGAAACACAGCAGUUCAUUUAUAUUUAUAACAUUAAUUUUUAACUGCUUACGUAAAAUGUAUAAACUAUGUCUUCCUCUUAUAUAAAAAUUUAAAUUGCAUAAAAUUAUGUUUAUUAAUAAAAGAUAUAUAUAAUAUAUCACAGAUGUUAAACAAGAGACUUUCACAAAGAGUGCUUAAUAAUAUAUAUCAUAUUUACUUAAUCAAAUAUGUAUAACAACUUUAUAAAAGAACU